AUGAUGUCACCCACAACAAAAGAGUCAACAGUACUGGUGAAUGGUACCGGCGAGGGGACGCCGACGUUCGUACUGACACCGGAAAAAGUUUCGCAGGGCUCCGAGCAGAACAACAAAAGCCAAUGUUCGUCGUUAUCCGAUGUCGAGAACUUCGAAUGGUCCACAGAAACCCUAGAAGUCGAUCCCGAUGCAGCUAUUAACGGAAACAACGCGGGAAAUGAUCCUAGGUCUACGAACGGUAUAAACAGAAAUACGUGGUUACGAACGAGUUUGAGAAGAUCGUCUCCAAGCAAUCAAGAAACCCUUUCGAAUAGGAGAUGGGGCUCGUUUCGACACAAUGGACGUCGUCAACAAUUAGGUUCAAACGCUUUGGCCAGUCAAUUAUAUCGCAGUUCCAGUUUCAAUUCGUCGGGACGAAGUAGCACGUGCGAUACCACCGAUGAUAUGUACUCUGAUGCAUCUUUGGAGGAGGAUGUUCAGGAUCUACGCCAAAAAUUUCAAGUUCUCCAGCAACAACUGGGCUCCCUUCAAGACACCGCCAAUCAAAACGACGAAAGAUACACGAGAGCCAAGUCCGAUAAUGCCGCCCUCCAAGCCAGAAUAAUAAUGCUAGAGGAACAAAUAAGGGAAACCGAAUUUAGAUGCGAAGAAAAAAUACAAGACGAGCAAAGAAGGACCAAGGAAUUGGUGUCGAGGUUGGAAAGAGAAAAGCAAUUAUUACUAGAAAACGUGAACAUAAGACUGCAAGGAUCGGAAACGGAAUGCGCGAAUUUAAAGGAGGAAACCGUCCGACAACGAGUCCAAAUCGAAAAAUUGGACAACCAACGGCAGAACCUCCAGGACCAGAACCAGGAGCUCUCCGCCCUCUUGUCUUCGGCCAAAGACGAAAUGAAAGUGAUGAAAGACCAACAAAUUCGGUUAAAGCGAGAUUACGAGGCUCAAGUGCAAUUAUCCGAAGACUUGUCCAAAGAAAUCGAAAGGCUCCGAUUGGAAGCCCGAACGCCCGCCUUGCCCACCACAUCCCCCGAAGCUUUGCGAUUGGAAGAACUUCACGAGGAAAUGACGAAUUUAAGGACGGAAAAUUCUCGGUUGAAGGACGUCAACGAAGAACUGCAAGCGAGCCUUGUUCACGCCGGCCUAGAAACCGGCAGGAUACUGUCGAUAGGUGAAAAUAGUUUAGCUGCCGAGUUGGAUGUUAUGUCCCAAGAUGAGGUACAUCAAGCAUUAAAAGAACAGCAAGAGGUGAAUAGGCAACUUAGAACUUACAUUGAAGGAAUUCUUCUGAAUAUCGUGGAGAACCACCCGCAACUGCUCGAAGUCAAACAAAGGCAAAUGUAA